UCUCUCUCUCUCUAUAUCUCUCUCUACACUCGUCGUCGUCGUCGUCUUCGUGGAGUGUCGACGAGGAGAUCGAGACGAGGAGAUAAAUCCGAGGAGGAAGAGGAGGAGGAGGAGGAGGAGCUUCGAUCGCGAUAGCGAGAGGAGAUUCGCCGAGGCGCGGGGAGCGGAGCCCAUCUUGUGUUACAAGAAGCCCCCUCCCCACCUCCUCCCCCCACUGCUCCCUCUCCCUCCGUCGCUUUCGAUCGCUUCGAAGUUUCCGCUCCGAUCCCUCGCUAGGGUUUGGAGCGCGUGGUUUGAUCGGGGGGGAGGAGGAGGAGGAGAGGGGGGAGAGGGGGUGGAUAAGAUCGGGUGGUUUCUCAUUUCGAUUGGUCUAGGUUGUAGAGUCGUCGUCGUCGAUUAGGGCUCUCAUUUCCCCCGCUUCGUUUGGUGUGAUCGAAGCCGUAGUCGUUUUCGAUUUCGUUUUUGCUGUCGUUUUGAGUAACUUCGGGGUUUUAGGGUUCAUGAUUCCUGUUCCGACGUCGAAAUUCGAUAUUUGGAUGGUUUUCUAGGGUUUCUGAUUCCCCGGUGAGAUUUGUCUUCCAAAAUUGUUCGAAUUUUGUCCUCUGCCCUUCCAGUUUCCACCCAAUUUCUGAAAUUUAGCUUGAAUUACCGAUCAUUGCUGUGUAAGAACGUAGAAUUCAGAACCCUAGAACCAUGUGGAGCGACGUGAAGCCGAUUCUGAGACCCCGCCCUGACUCCAACGACGACGCCGAUUACUUCCCCUCGACGCCGCGCAAGGACUGGUCGAUCGGCGUCGCGAAGGUCGUCUCCUUCCUAGCCGUGUUCAUGGCGGGGCUCAUCCUCGGCUCCUCCAUCAACGCCCACUUCGGCCGCUUCUACACCUCCCAAGCCGACCUCUUCUUCCCGAGAGCCGUGUACUCCGACUGUGACGGGAACUGCUUGUCCCUGAAGCACUUCAUCAAGCCGUCACAUUUGAUGCAUUCCAUGACUGAUGAGGAGCUCUUCUGGAGGGCUUCGAUGGUGCCGAGGAUGGCGGAGUACCCGUUCCAGCGGGUUCCGAAGGUGGCGUUCUUGUUCAUGACGAGGGGAGCGCUUCCGUUCGCGCCGCUGUGGGAUCGGUUCUUCAAAGGGCACGAAGGGUUGUUCUCCGUUUACGUGCAUAGUUUGCCGGAUUAUCGGCUUAAUGUGUCGAAGGAAUCAGCUUUCCACGGCCGGCAGAUCCCCAGCGAGGAAGUAUCUUGGGGCUCCAUCACACUAGUUGAUGCCGAAAAGCGCUUAUUAGCCAACGCACUGCUUGACUUCUCCAACGAGCGCUUUGUCCUCCUAUCGGAAAGCUGCAUCCCUGUAUACAACUUCCCAACGGUAUACGAAUACCUAAUAAGCUCUGCCUACAGCUUUGUCCACUCCUUCUUUGACGACUCCAAACAAUGCAAAGGCCGCUACAACCGCCGCAUGGCUCCUCUCAUCAAGCUCUCUGAAUGGCGAAAAGGUUCCCAGUGGUUCGAACUCAACCGCGAGCUGGCCACAAGUAUCAUAGCCGACCGCAAAUAUUAUCCGCUCUUUCCAAAGUAUUGCAGGCCCUCUUGCUAUCCUGACGAGCACUAUAUUCCGACGUACUUGUAUAUGUUUCAUGGAGGGUCGAAUGCAAACAGGAGUGUCACGUGGGUCGACUGGUCGAGAGGUGGGCCCCACCCCGCGAUGUACGGGGCGAAGGAUAUUACAGUGGAAUUCAUCCAGGCGAUUAGGAAUAAUGGGACGAAAUGUGAGUAUAAUUCUCAGCCGACUUCGGUUUGCUAUCUCUUUGCCAGGAAGUUCGCUCCCGCUGCGCUCGAGCCAUUACUCAACAUCAGUUCGACGGUGAUGGAAUUUUAAUCUUCUUUUUUUUUUUAAUUCGAAUCCUUUUGAUACAUUUGCGUCUCUCGCCCCUCGAUACAUGGAGAUUAAUAAUGGUCAUUUUUUCUGGAUCAUGGUGGGUGGAAGUUACCUCACUUCCUUUCAAUUAGUUGCUAAACAUUGAAGGCAGCAGCAUGGUCAGUCUGCUGCACCUACUCUCUAUAUAUUUUGGAAUAUUUCAUACUAGUCCUCCACAGGUUGGUGCUUUUUUUUUUUACCCCUUUUUUCCUCCCCUAAGGACUUUGUUUAGAUUACUAAUUUUGUGAAUACCACCUCAUCAUUCAUUGGAUUAUUGUUAUUUAGAAAUGUCAGAUGAUAGAUACCCAAAAUAUCAGUGUUGAAUGCUUUUGAUUAAAAGUUCGGGAUUGGUUAUUGGUUUAUUGAUAGACUGAUACUGAAGUCUAUAGUUUUUUUUUUUAGUUUUUUUUUUUCUCGGGGGGUAAAAAUGUAAAGAACUUACAUGAACUAUGAGCCAUUUUGAUUCAA